ACACACACACACACACACACACACAUGCACACAGUCCAGAAGCCUUAAGGAAGCAGGGCAGAGACAGAGGCAAGAAAGAAGCUCUGCCAAGAAGUGAAUCGGACAGGUGAUGGAUCUCAAAGCAGGAAAGGACGCGGCAGACCCCAAGGCCGUCAAGCGCACUACACUGGUGGAGGUUCAGGGGGUCCCUAUGUUCAGCGACACAGCAGAGAAGUGGGGUCCCAUCUGGGACUUUAAAGCACGGCCUGAUGAUCUCCUCAUUUGCACUUACCCCAAAGCAGGGACCACAUGGAUCCAAGAAAUUGUGGACAUGAUGCAACAUGGAGGGGACCCACAGAAAUGUGCCCGGGCCCCCAUCUAUGUACGGAUACCCUUCAUAGAGAUUUGCCCUUCCAUCUUCUCACGUUUGGAAGAGGCAGAGGCGAUGCUUUCUCCACGCACCCUCAAAUCUCACCUCCCAGUUCAGCUCCUGCCCCCUUCCUUUUGGGAACAGAAUUGCAAGAUCAUUUACGUGGCCAGGAACGCCAAGGACAAUGCUGUCUCCUACUUCCACUUCCAUCGCAUGGACCAGGAAAUGCCGGAGCCAGGAAACUGGGACCAGUUUCUGGAUAAUUUCCUUACUGGGAAACUUUCCUAUGGCUCUUGGUUUGACCACGUCCGGGGUUGGUGGGAAGCCAAAGACCGUUACCCAAUCCUGUACCUCUUCUACGAAGACAUGAAAGAGGACUUAGCUCGGGAAAUCCGAAAAGUAGCCCAGUUCCUGGGCCUUGAACUCUCAGAACCAGUUCUGAACCGGAUUGUUCGGCACACAGCGUUUGAGAGCAUGAAAGCCAACCCAAUGGCUAAUUACAGCACCAUGCCUCCCCACCUCAUGGACCACACUACGUCGCCCUUCAUGAGGAAAGGGACUGUGGGAGACUGGAAAGAGCAGUUCACAGUGGCUCAGAGUGAACGGCUAGAUGACAUCUGUGCCCGGGAACUGGGGGGCAGCAGCCUGACCUUCCGCACCCAGCUCUAAGCACACCUCUGUGCCCCUCACUGAGACUUUCCUAAAAACACGCCUAGACAAUUUGCCUGUAACAACAUGAAAUAAAAUAAAGCUAGAGACUGCAAGCAAA